AUGAAGCGCUCAAUAGACGAGACCGACGACCCCAACGCCAACGACGCGCGCCAGAAGCUCAAGGACUCGCUCAUCCCCUUCGACCAGAGCCGCGAGGCGUCCGAGGCGCUGCUAUUGCAGUGCUGCUACUCGAUCUUAGAAAGGCAGCCGUCGAGAUCUCUGAAUGUGCGCGGCCUCGUCCACGAACUGAAUCGGACCGUGGCGCCGGGCGCGUUCACGAAGCGGGGAGAAGAGCGCACGGCGAGCACGUACGUCAAGCAGGUAUUGGGGGGCUGCCGGGCCUGGUGCGAGGCGCUGCCCGCGGACGUGUUUGAAGUGGUCGGCUCGUGGGAGACGAAUGUGGAGCUGCGAUUGGUGAGCCGCGACGACGCGGACAUGACCGACGACGACGCCUUUGUGGAUGGGGAGCGAAGGCAAGGGCGCGUCGAGUUCUGGGACCGGGGCCGGGGCUGGGGGCGCGUGUCGCUCGACGGCGACGCGCGGCGCACGCGCGUCUUCGUGCAUGCCCGCGACGUCGCCUCGGCGAAGAAGCAGUUGCCGCGGGGCGGCCGCGUCGACCUGCGUUUGAGGUCUACGGAGCGGGGCUGGUGCGGCGAGGACGUGCACCUGCUCGACGCGACGGACGACGAGGUCGACGCGCUGCUGGGCGCGGCGGCGAUGGCGUUGGGGCCCGACGAGCCGCCGCCCGCGCCCUCCGAGCCGUCGCGGCCCGUGACGCCCUAGUUUUGUGCAUUAUAUAGGUCUAGUCUAUUACACCCCCACCGCGACCUCGCCCCGGGCCUUCGCGUCCAACAACGCUAGAGUAGCGGGCAGGUCCAGGAACCGCAGCCCGAAGCGCGAGUUGUACUUCGUGAGCAUGGAAAUAAACCAGUGAGUUAGGUUACAUCAUGUCGAUGGCGUGGGCGCCCGAAAUUUGAUUUCCACACAGGUACGGAGAAGCAAUUGAAUCGACUGUCGCAUGUGAAAAUGGACAUGCCCGUGGGCGCCGAGCUCAUAAAACUAUUGGAUGACGAGCGGGCGGCGCUCGACGAUGCGCGCCGGACCAUCGCAACACGACGCUCAAAGUCCACGUCGGACCGGUCUCGAGCCACGUUGCGAACUGGGAAGCCGUCGAGGAGACUUUGCGGGGCACGCGCUACGAGCACUUCCUCUCCGAGUAA